AGAGGACGCGGAGCCAUGAGCCGCCUGCCCCCGGGCGCGGCGCUGCUGCUGGCGCUGCUGGUGGAGUGCACAGAGGCCAAAAAGCACUGCUGGUAUUUUGAAGGACUCUACCCAACAUAUUACAUAUGCCGCCCCUACGAGGAUUGCUGCGGCUCCAGGUGCUGCGUGCGGGCCCUGUCCAUCCAGAGGCUGUGGUACUUCUGGUUCCUCCUGAUGAUGGGGGUCCUCUUCUGCUGCGGCGCUGGCUUCUUCAUCCGGAGGCGCAUGUACCCCCCACCGCUGAUCGAGGAGCCGGUGUUCAAUGUGUCCUACACCAGGCAGCCCCCGAACCCUGCUCCAGGAACCCAGCCGCCGGGGCUGCCCUAUUACACAGACCCCGGAGGACCGGCGAUGAACCCUUCUGGGAACACCAUGGCCAUGCCUUUUCCGGUCCAACCCAGCUCAGCCCAGGGGAGUGUGGCCUACCCCCCACCCCCUUCCUACUGCAACACGCCCCCGCCCCCGUACGAACAGGUGGUGAAGGCCAAGUAGCGGGGGUGCUGCCCAGAGCCUGCCUGGACCACACUGCAGAGGAGCCGGGGAGAAGCCUCCCCCGGCCA